AUCAAAACCCUAGCUCCAUAUCCCCUCGUCAUAUUUAGGGUUCUUGCCUCUAUUUCCCUCUCUAUCUGCCGCUCUCAUACCAGACCCCGACUGCGGCUGCAACUCAAAAUCCCAAAUGGCUUCAGAGAAGAAGUUAGCGAACCCCAUGAGGGAGAUCAAGGUCCAGAAGCUGGUCCUAAACAUCUCUGUUGGUGAGAGUGGAGAUCGACUCACCAGAGCCGCGAAGGUGUUGGAGCAACUCAGUGGACAAACACCCGUUUUCUCCAAAGCAAGGUACACUGUUCGAUCCUUCGGUAUCAGGCGUAAUGAGAAGAUUGCCUGCUAUGUCACUGUUAGGGGUGACAAGGCCAUGCAACUUUUGGAGAGUGGAUUGAAGGUGAAGGAAUAUGAGUUGCUAAGAAGGAACUUUAGUGAUACUGGUUGUUUUGGAUUUGGUAUCCAGGAGCACAUUGAUUUGGGAAUCAAGUACGAUCCUUCAACUGGUAUUUAUGGGAUGGAUUUCUUUGUUGUUUUGGAGCGUCCGGGUUAUCGUGUUGGCCGUCGUCGUAGAUGCAAGUCUCGUGUUGGGAUCCAGCACAGGGUCACCAAGGAUGAUGCCAUGAAAUGGUUCCAGGUCAAAUAUGAGGGUGUGAUCCUUAACAAGUCCCAGCAGCUCUCAGCUUCCUAGUUCCUUAGGAUUGUGAAAUUAGUUUGAUCAGUCUCUAUGACCUGCAUAUUUCAAUUUUAAGUUUUGUCAAAGCUUGAGUUAAUGUUUGGUGGACCAAAUUCUGUUAAUUUGUUGUUUUUUGAAUUAUAAGUUUUUGGAAGUACCCUUUAAGCUUUUGUAGUUACGGCAUAUGAUGAGUUCCUGAGUUGUCACGAA